AUGGAGCUGGUGUGUGGGUGCUACGAGCAAGUUCUUUUCGGGUUCACGGUGCACAGGGAACCUGGACCGAGCGGCCAGAACGAGAAAUGGACCCCUGUGGCUGACUUCACCCACCACGGCCAUGCUGCCUCUUUGUCAGCAGUGGCUGUAAAUAAUCGUUUUGUGGUCACUGGAAGCAAAGAUGAAACAAUUCAUAUCUAUGACAUAAAAAAGAAGGUAGAACAUGGAGCACUGCUACAUCAUAACGGCACAAUAAAUUGCCUGAAAUUCUUUGGUAAUGGGCACUUAAUCAGUGGAGGAGAUGAUGGACUAAUUUGUGUUUGGGAUGCAAAGAAAUGGGACUGUUUGAAGUCUCUUAAAGCACAUAAGGGACAUGUGACUUCUCUUUCUGUUCAUCCAUCUGGCAAAUUAGCACUCUCAGUGGGAACAGACAAAACAUUACGAACAUGGAACCUUAUUGAAGGACGAUCUGCAUUCAUAAAAAAUAUAAAACAAAAUGCUCACAUAGUAGAAUGGUCCCCUGGUGGAGAGAAGUAUAUAGUUGUCACAAUGAACAAGAUAGACAUCUACCAACUUGAAACUGCAUCCAUCACAGGUACCAUCACCACUGGAAAGAGAAUUUCUUCUGUUACAUUUAUUUCAGAUUCCAUACUUGCUGUGGCUGGAGAUGAAGAAAUUGUAAGGUUAUUUGACUGUGAUUCACUAAAAUGUCUCUGUGAAUUUAAGGCUCAUGAAAACAGAGUAAAAGACAUUUGCAGCUUUGAAGUCGCAGAGCAUCAUGUUAUUGUUACAGCAUCAAGUGAUGGCUUCAUUAAAAUGUGGAGGCAUAACCCAAAUAAGGAGACUCCUCCAUCUUUACUAUGUGAAGUAAACACUAAAGCCAGACUCACAUGUCUUGGAGUGUGGCUAGACAAAGUUGCAGACACCAAAGAUCAGCUUCCUACUACUGCAGCCCCUUCUCCUGUAAAAGAAGAACAAGAGUUCAAAACCAGCCCCCCAAAAUCUGAUGAUUCAGAAGGAAAACAGCAACAAUCCAAGAAAUUUGGUCGGACUAAGGAUAGUAAAAAACCAACAAAAGCAGAAAGGCUAGUGUCAGCCAAGAAAAGAAAAUUGGAAGGUAUAUUAGAAAAGAAGAAGAAAAAGAAAGUACAAGUCAUUGAAUAAAUCUUUGAAAAUUCAAGCAAGUUUUUGUAAUGGAAUUAUUAUUCCUAAAUUUUGUGUAAUUCUUUUCAUUUUGGGGUUAAAAAGAAUUUCUACAUAUGAUAAGUUCGUGGUGCAUAAAUGAAAGCUUCUUGUAUUUUAGAGAUCUCUGUGUUGUGUGUAUCAUAUAGCAACAAAAUAUAUAAUAUUUUUGUUAUAUAAAGCAAAUAAUGUUUGAAUUUUCUGCCUUUUUAGAAGUUCUAACCCUAUUCUUUUCCAGUUCAAAUGUGAAAUGAAUGAAGAUGGAGUUUGGGGGGGAGGAA